AAGCCGCACAACAUCCACAUCCAAAUCAGAACACGAACACAUUUCAUCGAUCCAAUUAUGAAGGUCCUCAUCCUCUGUCUCAGUGUCCUCUUGCCUGCCUUGGUCUUGGCCGAUAAUGACUGUGCCAAGCACCGUUUCGCUCGGGGCGAAUGUGCCGUCCUCUUCGACGAUAGUAAAUGCGGAGGCUGGAAGUAUCCGGUGAAAACCGGCUACCAUGAGCUCUCAUUCCGACGACGCAACGAUGUGGAGUCUUUGAUCGUGAAGGAGGGCUGCAAGUUUACGGGCUAUGAUCACGAUGGAACCACGGCCAAGGAGAGGGGAGAUUUUGUGAUUGUGGAUGCCCGCAACAGUCGCCGUCCGGAGGUGAGGGAGCUCAAGGGGGACAAAAUGGACGAGAGGAUCUCUUCUUUGCAGUGCUUCUGCGAAUACCAAGGCCGACCCAGUUUCGUUGGAAAAUAGGAUGUUGUGAUCCUGUUAAAUAUUAUCUUUCGAAUUGGGAACCUUGUUCUAAUAAAGCAUCAAAACAGCCCGA